CAUGCGCACGAAGGCUCCCACGUGGGAAAAAUCCCACGUCCUGGUUGGUAUCAUUGGUGUGAUGAUGAGGUGCAUCAUGUGUAUAUGUAUAUAAAAUCAUCGAACAAAAAAUGUACUUUAAAAGUAUGUUUGAAAGUAAUGGAGAAUGCAUAUGAUAAAAUUUUUGAGGUUAGCUCGUACUACAAUUUCGUUGUUAGAGAGCACAUAGCCUGAAGGCAUGUUUGGAGAUGGCUUCUCCAGCAAGUUCAACUCUUGCAGAGAGGUUAUCGGCUAAUUGUCAUGAUAGACUAGCGUUACUUUCCCUAUGUAAAGAUAUAGCCUUGGAGAUACAACGAGGAAAUGUAAAAUUAUGUACAUUAGUUGAAGAAUUAGGUCCUUUUGUAACAAAUGAGGUUGUCAACAUUCGAGAAAGAGGAAUCACUACACUUUCCUACAUACUCUCCGAGAUACCAAAUGACUUUCUUAAUGAAUCCGAAUUACAUUUUAUCAUAGUAUUCUAUUGUGAUAGAUUAAAAGAUCAUCAUACCAUUCUACCAGCAGUUAUUCGUGGAAUUUUAACAAUAGUUCAAAUGAUUAAUCUACCUCAUGACGCACCAGUUUAUUUAUUCACAAACAUGUUUGAACAUGUUCAAUGUCAAGCUCAACUUUUAGAAGAUCGUCGUAACAUCUAUAAAAUUUUUAUAACACUAUUACAAAAUAAAUUGGAUGAUUUGAAAGAAAUGGGAGCUAAUUUUGUUUACGGAGUUAUAUCUUCUAUUGAUGGCGAACGUGAUCCUAGGAAUCUUAUGUUAUUGUUCAACGUGCUUCCAAAUUUUAUCAAAGAAUUUCAAUUGGGACAUUUAACGGAAGAAAUGUUUGACGUUAUCUCGUGUUACUUUCCGAUAGAUUUUAAUCCUAUCAAUGCGGACAUGGUCAGUAUAACGCGAGAAGACUUGGCAGAAUUGUUAGCACCUUGUCUCUACGCGACUCCUGAAUUUGCUGAAUUUUGUUUACCACUUGUAAUGGAAAAACUAUCUUCCGAUCUUAAAGUUGCCAAAUUGGACUCUUUGAAUUUAUUAUGCAAAAGUGCCAAUGUAUUUGGUGCGAACAGAUUGGAACCAUAUCUUUCAGAGCUUUGGUCUAUUAUGAGAAAAGAUGUUAUGUCUGGUGGUGAUUUAGAAAUGAAAAAUGCUACCCUUAAGACAUUAGCUACAUUAAUUGAAAUUAUAACUGUCAAUAAAAGACUCCACGAAACAUUUAUUGACAAAAUAUUAACGGAUACUAAAAUGUCUUUAUGCGAUAUACAAUUAAGUUUAUUCAGACCGAUAACAAAUUUAUUAGAAGCUGUAGCAAGGGUGAAUAAACAAACUUGUAUACACGUAUUACGUGUUAUAGUGCCAAUUUUUCUUGGUCAUUAUUCUACAAAACAAACAUUAUUGGAUAAAGUCAUCAUAAUAGAUACUUUAAAUAAUUUCAUUAAAAUUGCCUCUGACUUAAGUUUCCCUAUCAAAAGUAUCCCAGAAUUAACUUGGACAGACAUUCCGCAGCUAUAUAUUGAUGGAUUAACUGAUAAUUAUAUAGAGUUAAGAAGUAAAAUACUUAUUGGUUUGACCAUACAAAGAGCUUAUUUAAAUCAAACUCAUAGAAUUUUAUUAUACGAUACUGUAUGUAACGAAAUUGAUAACGGCAAUUUGUUAUUGAUAAAGAUUUGUCAUGCGUGCCUUGCAGAAUUCGCUACUUUAUAUCCAAAUGAAGUAUUAACAUUGACACAAGAAAAACUUGAGAUAGAUACAGACGAUACAAAUGUAAAAGUUAGAAUUUGUAGGUUACAAGCAUUAUCCGUAAUUGCAAAAAUUCCAGAAUUGACUAAUGAAAUUUUACCAAAAAUUCUUGGUGCAGGCAAUUCUCUUAAUUCAGAGAUAAGUCUUACCGCAUUAAAUUGUAUUCAUAAACUUGUUUCAACUAAAGACAAUUUUGAUAUUCAAUAUUAUUUGUACAAUGAAUGUAACAUAGUUGAUAGAUUAAUAUUGUUUGCAACCAAACAUACUUCUGCUGAUAAAUUGUCCCUUAUAUCGAAUAUUUGUCAAUGUAUUGUGAGAGGUCUUUCCACUGUGGAUCAACAAACGAUUACGGAUAAAUAUAUUGUCCAAAUAACGCAACAAACUUGCGAUACUAGUGUUGUUACUGUGAUAAUCAGUUUACUUAUUUCUUUACGACAAGAUGUUAAGUUAACGCUUGACAAAUGUUUAUUACAAAGUCUAUACAACUUGGCUAUAAAUAAUUCUAAUUCUAUUACAAGAAUGAUAUCUUGUCAAUUACUUGCCGUAAUACUAAACAAAAUGAACAACAUGGAACAUUUUAAAGAUUGUUUUUUAUAUCUCGAAGAAAAAGUUAAGACAAAUUUGGAAUCUAAUUUUGAUAUAAAUACAAAACGGGCAACUGUUAUUUUAUAUAUUUGGUUAACGAAAGCAGCUGUUACAAAAGGAAGUUAUAAUUCUCAAGAUUGUCUCAAUGUUUUUACAGAAAUACUGAAACAUAAGGAAGUAGGUGAAUAUGUUGCUGAAGAAUAUAAAAUGUUAACGUGUAAUGUGGAGGAUGCUUUAACGCAUGAAAACUUUUGUAAUAUAAAGAUGUUUUAUAAACAAAGAAUAUUUCAGCAUUUAUUAAAGCAAAAUAAUUAUUUUGUAAAGAAUUCAAGACAAAAUUAUUUAAUUGCUUUAACUUAUUUAAUAGAAGAAAUGCCUACCGAACUAUUGUAUAUGCAUUUAUCAGAUUUAGUUCUUAUUCUCUUUGAAUCUUUAUCCUUGGAUAAUGAACAAUUGGUUCUUUCUACCUUAACAGUUUUAAAACUGUUAUUAAAUACAAAACAUACGAUUUUUUCUGAUAAGAUGCAAUCUUUUCUUCCAAAACUUUUGCAAUUGACGACUCACAAAUCAAUGAACAUCAGAAUUGUAGCUCUAGACUGUUUGACGAGUUACACGAAUUAUCCUGCUAUAUUGAUUAACACAUAUAAACCAAACGUUUUAAAAAAACUGCAAAAGGUUCUUGACGAUAAAAAACGUUUAGUAAGGAAAGCAGCUGUAAAAGCUAGAACCCAUUGGUUUUUAGUUUCCACGCCUGGUGGAAUCAAAAAUGAAUGAAUGAAUGAAUGAAUGAAUGAAUUAAUUAAUUAAUUAAUAAAUAAUUUACAUUAAAG